GGUCAUCUGAAGGUUAUCGCACAUUCCUAAAGUUUGCGGUGUCUUGAAGUGUCAUAAUGUAAAGUCAGUGUGAUGGGCAAGGCUAGUCAUGUAACUCUGAGCCUUUGGCCCAGGGCAGAACCGUUCGCAUACGGUAUCUUUCAAGUUCAUCCUCAUCCAAGACUUGCUGUUCAUAACAUCAAAAAGCUUGUUACUUAUGCAAAAAACAAAAGUAAAACUGGAUCAAGAUUAAGUUAUUCUGUUUGGAAACAUGUAGCAUGUAAUAAACUUCAGCUAACUGAGGAUUUGGCUUGGGUCCUCUUUCAUACAUGCUUAACUAUGUCGGCGACACAAUAUGAUAAGCUUAAGGAUGUUGAUGAAAGGAUAUUUACUGCAGCGAAUUCAGCAGAUGCCGAGAGGAUUCGUACUUCACAAUCCGUUAAUUUGUUCACAUUUGUACUCUUUCUGUACAUACAACAGAUAAACAAGAUAUCACUGCGAGCUUCAGCAGUGUCAGCCAAUGCUGAGUUAGUUUUCUGGGAUCUUAUUAUUUACUCUGCUAGGUGGCCUGGUAGUUACAGUCGUUCAUCCGAUUUGGAUUCAGGUCGUUCAACUCCUAUCAGACUAUGUCGCAAUCUAGAUGAGCAAUAUCAUUUUCAAUUUAUCAGUGAAAAUUUGAAUGAAAUGAUUGAUCUCCUUGUUGAACCCGAUAACCAAGGUGGAAAUAGUAUGGAUGCAACAUUGUCUGAAGGUGCUAUCGAAGCUUUGGAUCUUGUUUUGGAAGGAUCAGCUGAUGAAGGAAGGACGCUUAAUUCAUUUUCAGAACUUGUCCAUAUACCAACAAUUCUUCCAGCAACUGGUUAUUCCAAGGUUACACAUGCUUUCCAUUUACGUGGCCUUCUUUCUUGGAUACGUUCAUGGUUAACACAAAACCCGUUUUCGGUUGAAAACUGUAUUCGAAAUGGUCGACGUUUACAGUGGCGUCUUCCUCAUCAGGUUGUCUUGGACAAUGAGUCUGGUUUGAACAAUACUCAGCAACAGCCACAGAAUGAUAUCAUAAAGCGUCAGAAGAUUGCGACAAACGCACACCAAGUUCCACGAACUGGAGGUCACAGUGGAAACAAACUGGUUGUCAUGUCGAUGAUUUCUCGCCAAAUUAUCGCUCGCAGUUCUGCUACACUUGAUGGUGCCACGCUUAAAAUACAUCGUGCCCAUUGUAGUUAUUUAUAUCUCUUGUCACCGAUGAGGUCUGUUACACUAGAUAAGUGUCGCAAGCUGACCAUUGUUUUGGGACCGAUUGAAAAUACUCUCCAACUUAACCAUUGUGAAGACUGUUUGGUUAUUGCAGCCUGUCGUCGUGCUGUCUUGGCUUAUUGUCGUCGGUGCACAUUGCAUUUAGCUAUACAAUCCCGUCCAAUAUUGAUUCAACCCCCUGUUCCAAACACUAUCAGUGGAUCUAUGAUUAUUUCAAAUAUUCCUGGAAAUAAUUCGGGUACAAAUACUUCUACCCCAGGCACCCCUACGCCUGGUAGUGUAGCACUGGUUGGUAAUGAAGAAAUCUUGUUGGCUCCCUUUCAUACAACGUAUAUGAAACUUGUAGAUCACCUGAACAAGGUGAACCUUAGUCCGAAAGUGAAUUAUUGGGAUCGUCCAUUUUUGUUGGGACAAGAUUCCAGUCGUCAAGACUCAUCUCAACAAUCAUCCAGAGUUCGUUGCUGGGACUUACUACAACCCGCCCAUUUUUAUCCGUUUAAUAUUCCACUUUUGCUCUCUACUCGAGGUGAAAGUAUGGACCGCAACCCGAUCGGUGAAAAUUAUACUCGUUCUGAAGAAGCUGUUCCUAAUGGUAAUCCUCAAACGGCUAACUGUCUGGAUUUGAGUGCAUCACUUAUAACGAAUACGUCCAGAUACUUUGGCGAUUCAGAUGAAAGACGUUUAGAGAACUAUAUUUCCAUGGCUAAUAACAUUUUACCAAUUCCAUUGCCUUCCGCUUAUUUAAUUGCUUUACAUGAAAGGGCUGGAGCUUAUCAUAAGUGGCCUCAAUAUGUUAUGAAUGCAAGGUUAACCCUUGAUCAACGUCAUAGUUUUAGCACCGUUGUGGAUCAGAGAUUUCGACAAUGGUUGAUAGAAUCAGGCAAUUUGCGUCAAUUACAACUCCUAGAGCUAAGCACAGGUCACGUGAAUCCAGUACCAUCUUGCAAUCCUACUGCUUAUUCUGUCGACAAAAAUGUUGCUCCUAUGUCUGUGAGUUCUACUUUUCAAAGCCAUGCAGAUCGAUCAGAUCAUGGGGUUCAUAGUUCUUAUGCUGAUGGUCACAUAAGCAAUUCUAUUCGGAGUGGCUGUCUUCUCACUCGGUCAAAUAAUGAAAAUCAGUUUGCUACCAACGAUGAUGAUGCUGAUGGCAUAUGAUAGUAAUUCGUAAUUUUUCAAGUAUUAUACAUUCCAGUAUUUUUCUCAAUCCAUAAUUGGUUGUUGCGUCUUUUGGUUCAACCGGAAAAGUAAUAUAAUCUCAGUUUAAGCUAUCAUCUGUGAUCAUUUAUAUUGUUAUUGUUUGUUUAAGACAUGUACUCAUUGUUACCUUAAAAGGGACAUUUGAUUUUUUCUGAAUGUAAUUCUUUGAAUUUUUAUGGGUCACAUUUUCUUGAAACUUUAAAUUAGUUUACCAACGUAAAAAAUGUCUUAUUGCUUGUUAUAUCAUAAAAUUAUUUUGGAUUCCCAAUUUUGACGUACUUUUUCCGGAUCCUUACUUCUUAAUACGUAAUUGUAUUGAUGUACUUUGGUCUCAUCAGUUGGCUAAUGUUUUAUGCUUUAGCUAUAAAUGUGACUUAAUUAUUAACUACAGAAACAUGUUUACUGUUAAAACGUUCAAUAUAAUCGCUUUAUUUAACUGUUCACUUUUGAGUUCUUAUGCACAAUUGAUCUGACAUGUAAUUUAAUGCUUAUGUUAUCUUUUGUACAUGUCAGGUACUAUUGUAAUAAACGAAAACAGUUGGGAUCGACCAAAUGUAUUUGAAUACAAAAUUACAGUUAUUUGGUAAAAUCUGAAUACCAUAUGUUCAAUACUUUAUUUGCAAAAUCUCCAUCAGUUGUCUCAGAAUUGUUGUUCCUUCAUUUCCAUACCAAUCACUCUCUGUUCCCGUUCAUUUCUAUUCGAUCUUCUCAUCCUUCUGCUGCCAGGCAUUCCACUUGCGAUUGGUGUUGUAAACUACUUAUAUCUGUCGACAUAUGUAGCACACUAACAUGGUUACAGAAAUGACAUAUUGAUUAGUUAUCGGAUUGAAAAUAAUACUGCUUUUUAUAAGAGAGCACUUGAUAUCUGGAAAAGUAAUAGGAAUGAAAGUAUUACUGGUUCAAAUAAUUUUACAUGACCUUAAAAUGCAAGUUAUCAUACAGUUUGUUAAAAAAUGUAGUUAGACUUAGAGCAAUUAUAGUAGGAAAAAGUAAAGACAAACGGAAUUUAUGAUUUCUCAGUGACUUUACGAAUUAACACAAUGAUGAAGUCAUUUUUGCCUUGAGAGUUUGGAGUAUGUAAGAUUCCCAUACAAUGGCGGUUCCGACCCAGAUAACAUGCAUUCCGAAAUUGAGUCCGUAUUAGAGCAAAAAACUAUACCAGCGUCCCAGCGACUUUUGCCAGUGGUUCUACAGCAAAUAAAAAUUUGUAUGGGUUGCAAAUGUACAACUGAUCGGAUGAAAGGAUAAGCAAACUUUCAGGAUUACUAUCUACCGUUGCUGUUGGAACAUGCUAAAAAAUCUAAGACAUGCACUUCUUUCUGUUCGGCCAAUUUAGCUGCUUUGGCAGGUGCACGUAAAUUUAUAAACAAAAGUGGCGGUAGCAUGAAAGGAGUGCUUGUUAAACUUUGGUUGGGUUAUUGAACAUGUUGACGUGUUGGGAGCUUAAGCGACGAUCUGAUUGAUUAGUUAUAGAUAUAACUAACACUCGAUUCAAAAAUUUGUUCGAGCAGUUAAGAGAUUUGCAUGCAAUGAAUGUGGAGAAUCACAGUUGGUUGAGAUUACCAACCAAUAUUUCAUUUCAUCGACACCAAAGUCGAAUAUUUUAUUUAAAGAACAUCUGACUGCCUUCAGAAACAAACAAAAUAACGAGGUACCGAUCUUAGCAUAAACAACCGGAAUUUGCACAUCGAGUACUAAUUUUUAAAUAUUUGCCUUCACUACCCUAUUAAAAAGGAAUAGGACUGAAAUAUUGACUUAAUUAAUAAAGUGACUAUGCAAAUACUGAUAUGUUCUCCAUAUUAUUCCGUCUGUAGCUCUUCUAGAGUUGCUGCAUGUCCCAAGACCAGGUGAAGGAGGAGGGUUGGACAUGGAGUCGGCAACCUCAUCCCGUAGAAAACAACCUUGUUAAAAAGCGCUAACCAGAUUAAAUAAUUUAAACUCUCCCCUCCAGGUUGAAGGAAGAAUUAUGACACCUCAUGAUGAAAGCUCAGAUUCUUCGGAAGUCACGAGGCCGAUGACCCUUCUAAUAUCCAGAGAAACCAUUAAUAUAGGUACAUGGAGUAUCCGAACAAUGUGGGAGACCAGGAAGACCAGUCAAAUAGUUACGAAAAUGAGGAGAUACAACUUAGUAGUACUCGGAAUCAGCAAAACCCAUUGG